GCGAUAGCCGGCCAGCAAUCAAGCCCCGCAUCCUCAGCUCAUCUAUUACUUUGCAAACUACUCUUUCUCUCAAAUUGUGAUUCCUCGGUGCAGAUUCUGGAGCCUUUAUAUCCUUUUCAAUAUUUGAAAUCGGCACUUCUGAUGUUUUUUUUUAGACUUUGGGAAUUCAUCAACGAUAUCGACAUCGUGUCAAGUGUUCUUGUCUUCUCUCAUCACGACUUAGCAGCUUUCAGCUGCAAAAUCAAGCAAGACCAGAAUGAGUACAUCGCUACUCCAGGCGAGAUAUUCGGUUGAUGAUUAUUUUGCACUGCCGGAAGAAGAUCAACAUCAUCUGGAUGCUUUGGAACAUGCGGGGGCUGUCGAUUUGACGGAACCCGGUUCGCUGGAACUCUCUACUCCAUUGCCUGAGAAGGUUAAGACUCAGAACCUAUGCCAUUAUUGCAAGCCAAUGUUUUCUACAAUUGAGAAUCUGAAAAGUCUCACCUCCAAAAAAGGCUAUAAGCAUAACACUAUAACAGGAGUCAGAGAGGCAGCGGAUCGUGGAUGCGGCUCAUGCAAAUUCAUACAAACAUGCUAUCUUGGAUCCAAAACUGAAUAUUCGCACAUGAGGGUGUACGCUUGUCUCUUUGAAAAUAAAAUCAAAGACAGACUGCCUAUCUCCAAGGGGAAAUCGAUAUUUAUUAAAGAACACUUACUUCCGAGACUUAGGGAAUCUACCAUGUCAACUAAAUAUCCGCUCGAUGGAUGCAAACUUGAUGAACUUACUAUCGGCUUUUCCGGAUAUCCAGUCAAUCACCUUUUUCUUCUGUCUGAUGAAGGGAGUCGGGCGGGUGUGUAUAUUGAGCGGCAACCUCCUGUAGCCAAGGAUAAUUUUGAAAGGACCAUUCCCCAAAUAAAAAAAUGGUUAGUCCGCCUACAUGUAAGUAGACCUGAUCAAAAGGACGACUAUAUUGCUUUGAGCUACUGUUGGGGAGGGCCUCAGAGCUUCACAACCACUAAUUCUACUCUGGAAUACAACAUGCGUGGCUUUGACACUGAUAAUCUACCUUUGACCUUCAAAAACACAAUUUUCAUCGCCAGGAAACUUGGAAUACGAUACAUUUGGAUUGAUGCAUUGUGCAUUAUCCAAGAUAGUGAUGUUGACAAAGACAAAGAGAUCGAGGCAAUGGGAGACAUUUACAAGAAUGCAACGGUGACAAUAUCUGCGGCAAGUGCAUCUUCAGUAGAUGGGGGAUUAUUCGACCAUGGACCCACCCCAAAUUUGUUAGAGGUCCCAUUUUGCUUGCCCGACAAAUCUCUCUCGAAGGUGUAUAUUUCUGAGGCGAGAUUAUGUGCUGACCUUAACGAACCUGUGAAUCACAGAGCCUGGUGUUUCCAGGAAUCAAUGCUAUCGCCCAGAUUGCUUUCAUUUCGAUCUACGGAACUUCUCUGGCAUUGCCAGUCUUUGGCAUACGAACCUGUCGCAAAAAGCAAUCAUAGAUACAUCAAGUCAAAGGCUCUAGUACCUGCAAAUAUCUUCGGGCGGAACAUAGAGAUACAAAUACCAGGAGUGCUUCACUGCGCUCGAGCUUGGAACUCAAUCGUUGAAACCUUCACGGAACGCAGUCUUACGAAUUCCGAAGAUCGCUUGCCUGCCAUAUCUGCUAUUGCAAAAGAACUCGCCUUUGUUUGGAAUGACGAGCAUGUUUGGUGGAAUGAGGAGCACAGUCGAACGACAUUUAUCUUGGGCGGUGGUUCAUCCGUACGGACUUGA